AUACAAACACACAGACUCACUCUCACUCAACACUCAACUCUUUGUCACUGACUGCCUCUUGAUAUCUCUCUCUUCAACAGCAACAGAAACUCACACAGAGACACUGAACAAACACUCUCCACCACUUAAUCCACCAACCAAUUGGACAUAGCAGAGUCCCCUUGGAUUGUGUCCUCAACAUGGAAAACAAGGCUGAUGUAAAGGCCAUCAUGGCUCGCUUCCAAGCGAGUGGGUGCAGCACUGAGGAGACUUCCUCUACACCACCUGGACAUACCAAACAAGUCCUGCAACCCACCCUCUCCUCUGGCCCGAGCACACUGACAAAGAAACCUGUCUUGGAAAGCCUCUCGGGCAGUGCAAUAAAUGCUACUCCGAAACCAGCUUUCCUGAAAAAUUCAGUAUCAAUUAAAAGUAACACAGAGGCACAAGAGCCAAACAAAACUAAAGCCCUGGCUAGCAGGUUUGCCAACACACAGGAUGACACCAACACCAACACCAAACCUUUAUUCGGUAAUAAGCAGCAGAUAUCCCAGAAGCCACCUCUUUCACAGCCUCCUGAAGCUAAAAGCCCCAUACAAAAACCCCCUGUCAAAAAGCCCUCCUUUAGUUCCACCACGUCCGACUCCAAACCUCCUUUUCCUAAACUUGCAACUCCAGCUGUCAGCUCCAAACCCAGCUGGAUAAAAGAAGACAGUGGUGGGGGUGUGCCACCCACUACUGGCUCCAUACCCAAAGCACCUCCUUUACAACAAAAACCAAGCAGCAGCAUUAUAAAACUAUGGCAGCAAAAUGAAGAACAGGCAGGAGCUAACACGGACACCACGAACAAACCCUCACCUCUGACAAACUCCGCUGCUAAGCCUACCUCCAACUUUAGGACUGCUCAGAAUAUGUUCAACAAGGAGAAGGACAAAAAUGAGCAGUCAGAUAGCGGUGGAGCCAACAAAACGCCCCUCACCGCUACUAACUCCAUCGCUCCCAAACCUCCAGCUGCUGCUAAAAAACCCAGCUUGAAGAAGCCGCCCAAAGCCUUUCCUCAGCUCAGAAGCGUUAAUGGUGAUGGCACUUCAGGUCCCAAACGUAACCCUCUACCAAACAGUUUAGCUUUGGGUCCUGCUCCUGCUAAACCCCCCAGACCCCCCAGAAUCAACCUGGAGAGCUUCAAAAGACCUGCUGAGGCCUCCACUGACGGUCCCAGCACCUUUAAGAAACCCGUCAUCCCACCUCCUCAGUCUUCUCACCCCAGUAACCAGAGCAACCAUGUGACCCCUACUCCACCCCCUCAGUCUGCAGGCCCCAGUCUCCCCCCGCGACACCCUGGAUCCAUGAUCCAGCAAGAGGAGGUCUAUGAUGAUGUUGAUGAAGUGAACAGCUGUCCUCCACCUCUACCACCAUCCACAGGUCACCCGAGCCAGAGGGCAAAGGAGGAAACUGAGGACGAUGAUGGAGAGAUGUAUGAGGAUCUUGAUGAACGAUGGGAAGCGGCUGAACAAAAACAAGAAAAGAAGAGAGAGAAAGACGAGAAGGAGGAGAAAAAACGACUGGAGGCUGAGAAGAAGGAGCAGAAGGAACGUGAGAAGAAGGAACAAGAUGCCAGAAAAAAAUUCAAAUUGGUUGGCCCGCUGGAGGUGAUCCACCAGGGGAAGGCUUGUGUGGACUGCAGAGGCAGUAAAACCGACCUUUGUCUGAAGCAGGGAGACUGCCUGGACAUCAUCCGUGUACAGGGCAAUCCGGAGGGGAAGUGGUUAGGACGGACACAGGAUGGAUCCAUUGGUUAUGUAAAGACCACUUCAGUAGAAAUCGACUUUAACACUCUGAAGAGUCAAGCUCAGCAGCCGUACGAACCUGAUGUCUAUGAUGACAUUGAUGUCGCCCCUUCUGAUAACAGUGUAAUCAAAGGACCCGGAGUUGUCCUACCUCCGCUACCAGGAGACGGAGGAGAAAUAUAUGAUGAUGUUGUUGAUCCAAACCUGGAAGUCAGUCCCCUGGACACCAGGUCCUCUCCUACGAAGUCCCGCAACCUCCUGCGGAUAUUUGACCGGAGCAGACGUCUUGCCAGCACUAAAGUAGUGCCUCCACCUAGCCAGUUUACCGCAGAGGGAAAUUCAGAUGGAGCACCGAUUGAUGAGGAGAUAUAUGAUGAUGUUGACUCUCAAAAUCUGCCCAACAGCAGCACUCCAGUCCUGAAAGGCAAAGGCAAGAAUGAAGAGAUGGACCCAAAGAAGCAAAAAAAGUUUGAGAAAGAAGAGAAGGACUUCAGGAAAAAGUUUAAAUACGACGGCGAGAUACAGGCGCUGUACAAGGUGACCAUUGUCCACACACUUACUAACAGGAAGUGGAGUGGGAAAGAGCUGCCAAUCAGGGCAGGGGAGACACUUGAUGUCAUUGUUAAAGCCGUGGACAACAAAUUGAUCUGUCGGAACGAUGAGGGCAAGUUCGGUUACGUUUCGACCAGCUACAUUGUUACGGACGAUGGUGAUAUCUACGAUGAUGUUGGAGAUGAUUGCAUUUAUGACAACGACUGAGAAACAUCCUGCACUGGGUUUAUUGUUUUACACCAAUAUUGUUCAUACUAUUUAUUAUGUUUACUGUGGAUAUACUUGCUUUGAGUAAGCCUGAUUAUCAGACUAAAAUGUAGUUUCAUUUUCACUUCCUUAUUUAUUAAUUAAUAUUUGAGCUGCUGAAAAAAAAAUUGGACAGGUGGGCAGCAAUUCAGAGAUCUGGAACAAGGCUGGCUUUGACAUCAAUCGAACAAUGCAAUUCUUUUAAAUUUAGUUUCUUCAAAAAACAAAGGCAACAAAACAAAACUAUUUAAUGCGGUCAUGUUACUUGCAACAGCUCGGCAAAGAGGGAAACAUUUGUUGGAUCAUCAGUAUUUGUAUAUUUCUGUUUUUAUAUUUUUAUCUGUUAUUUUUUUCGUUCUUUUGCACUGCCUUUACGAACUCUGCAGCUCUGCCUUAAAUUUCAUGCUCCUGCUGUGCUUUGCAAUAGUAUAGGAUGGCAUGUUUGAGUGAAAGUUAUAACCAUUACAUGCUAUUUUAUCAUGAAUUGUAAUCCAUGAUUUGCUACUGAUCUUAACUCUGGUUUCUCCUCAGAUUUAAACAUGUAACCUAAACUGCUUUAGUGCCAAAGCAAUUUUGACACACUGUAUAUAAAGUUAUCAGCUACA